UUUAUCUGAUCUCAAAAUGCUCAAAGAUGGUGUUUGUCAAUGGAUCAAUAUUCCCUGAUAUUCGCUGGAGCUCCUUAUCUCCAUGCCGACCACAAAAUGUUGUGUGGGGGCCAAUAAUUAAGGAGGGUAAAAAUCUGGAGGUGCUCAUCAGUGAACAAUUCCUUUCAGACUUAAAAUCUGGUGGUUGCCGACACAAUAAUUGAGUGAGGUGAUAAGGUUGGCAGCUGCAUGCAUGUGCUCUGAACGCAUCAUUGUCCUUUUUGUCUCAAGAAGCCAUAGAUGCUAGCUGAUCUCCUCCCCCCAAUAAAGUUACUCUGCUUACAAGCUCCAGGCCUGCAAGCAGCGGAUCUCAUCGCCGGGCACCGAAAAUCAUAUCAUCGUUCUUACCAGCAAAGCCAAGACUUAAUAAUCUGUGGACAAACCAUAUGGGAAGAAGCAACGACCAUUUGGAACACUUUGCAACAUUUUUGUUCUCUUUUAGGUCAAACUCCUAAUUAGGCCAAGUCUUCGGUUUUGUUUAGUAAGAAUGUGGUGGAUGCGCAGAGAGACAUCGUCAAAGACUUAAAUCUGGUGGUUGCCGACACAAUAAUUGAGUGAGGUGAUAAGGUUGGCAGCUGCAUGCAUGUGCUCUGAACGCAUCAUUGUCCUUUUUGUCUCAAGAAGCAAUAGAUGCUAGCUGAUCUCCUCCCCCCAAUAAAGUUACUCUGCUUACAAGCUCCAGGCCUGCAAGCAGCGGAUCUCAUCGCCGGGCACCGAAAAUCAUAUCAUCGUUCUUACCAGGGAGAGAUCACCUUCGUUUGAUUUCAGUAUCUCGAUCGAGCACUUGAUCAGGUGCUUUUUCGCGGAGGAUCCCCUGACUUGCUCACAAAUCCCAAUAUAUAGCUACUACAUGAUCCUGAAGAUCUGGGAAUUGUUUAUUCCAUCAACUACACAUGCAUAAACCAAAAGAGGUUUCUUCCCUUCAAAGCAACCACUGCAUCGGUUUACUCCAUCAACUACACUAGCUAGUUGGAGAGAACUUUGUUCUGAUCGGGUGGAACCAAAUGGCUGAACUUUUGGUGAGCGCUUCCACGGGCGCCAUGGGUUCCCUACUUGGAAAGCUGGGCACCAUGCUGAGCGAUGAAUACAAGCUGCUCAAGGGUGUUCGUGAUGACAUCAAGUUCCUCAAGGAUGAGCUUGAGGCGAUGCAAGCAUUCCUCUUGAUGAUGGCAGAUGUGGAGGAACCUGACCAGCAAUCCAAGCUCCGUGCAAAUGCUGUGCGGGAGCUGUCAUACGAGAUCGAGGACAGCAUAGACAAGUUCAUGGCACUCGUGGAAGAUGAGCCUAGUUCCAAGUCCGAAGGUAUCAUGAGGCUUUUUAACAGUACCAAGGACAAGAUAACAAACAUCAAGACCCGCCAUAAGAUUGCCAAGGACGUCAAAGACAUCAAGAGCCAAGUAAAGGUGGUCAGCGAGAGAUACGCAAGGUACAAGAUCGAUGAGUCCGCCAGAACUAGACAUGAAAAGGUCGACCCUCGACUGUGUGAGGUCUAUAAAGAUGCGUCAGAACUUGUUGGGAUCGAUGGUCCGACAGAUGAGCUUAUGAAGUGGUUGAGUGACAAGGAGGGUGAAGCGGCACAUCACCUUAAAGUUGUAUCUAUUGUUGGAUAUGGAGGGUUGGGGAAAACGACUCUUGCUAAACAGAUGUAUGACAAGAUUGGAACAAACUUUGAAUGUCGGGCCUUUGUGUCAAUUUCUCGAAGUCCUGAUAUGACGAAGAUCUUGAGUUCUAUAUUAUCUGAAAUCAGCAAUGGAAAGGAACAUCCUAGAUCGACGUACCAGCAAAUUAUCGACCAGAUUAGAGAUUUCCUGAAAGAUAAAAGGUACUUUAUCAUAAUUGAUGAUGUAUGGGACAUACAAUCGUGGAAAAAUUUGGACUGUGCACUGGUCAAGAAUGAUUGUGGUAGUGUAAUAAUGACCACAACACGUAAAAAUAAUGUAGCUGAAUCUUGCUGCUCUUCUCAUGGGGAUCUUGUGUACAAAAUCCAACCACUUGGUGUAGCUGACUCAAAGAAGUUAUUUUUCAAGCGAAUAUUUGGUUGUGAAGAAAAGUGCCCUCCUAACUUAAAAGAAGCAUCGGAAGAUAUUUUAAAAAGAUGUGGUGGUUUGCCACUGGCCAUCAAUGCCAUAUCUAGCUUGCUGGCUACUGGGAAAACAAAAGAAGAGUGGGAUCGCGUACGGCUUUCAAUUAGCUUUGCACAAGGGAAAACUUGUGACAUUGAUGCCAUGAAUUACAUAUUAUCUCUGAGCUACUUUGACCUUCCUCUUGAUCUAAGAAGUUGCCUAUUAUACUUGACUAUGUUUCCUGAAGAUUCUGUGGUUGAAAGGCAACGAUUAGUACACAGAUGGAUUUCUGAGGGUUUCAUCCAUGGCAAAGGCGGGGAAGAUCUUAUUGAGCUAGGAGUGGCAUAUUUUCAUGAGCUUGUGAACAGAAGUUUAAUACAGCCGGUGAAUAUAGGGUAUGAUGGUAAGGCAUGGGAUUGCCGAGUCCAUGACACCAUUCUUGAUUUCCUCAUUUGCAAGUCUAUUGAAGAGAACUUCUGUACAUUCUUAAGCGAUCAUAUAAAACGAGAUAGCAAAAUUCGCCGGCUUUGUCUCACUGGAAAUAAAGAUCAAGGCAGGGUGGAGCAAUUGGAUUUAUCACAUGCUCGAUCACUUGCUAUUUUUGGCAAAGCCGAUCUAAUUCCUUCCCUUGUGAAGUCAAAUGCUCUGCGGGUGCUGGAUCUAGCAGAUUGCAAUGGAUUGAAGAAUCAUCAUAUCAAAGAUAUUGGAAGACUUUGUCAGCUGAGAUACUUGACCACCAGUCGGUCAAGUAUACGGCCAAGUAUACGGUUAAGUAUACUGUUAAGUAUAAGUGAGCUUCCUAAACAGAUUGGAGACUUGGUGUAUCUGGAGACGCUAGACGUGUCCAACUCAAUGUUAGUUGAGCUGCCUGAAUCGGUUACUCGUCUAAAACGACUGGCGCGGCUUUUUGUUCCAAGAUAUACUAAAUUGCCUGAUUGUAUUGGAAACAUGGAGAAGUUGCAAGAGCUUGGGAAUUUUAUAGACAUUUUUGAGCAAUCAGUGAAGUUUGUUGAAGAGCUUGGCAAACUAAUAAAUCUGAGGAAACUGAGUGUUUAUUUGGACGACAAAGCAAGCUACAAGAAAAAAGAAAUGAUAGUGUCCUCCCUCUGUAAACUGGACACAUGCAAGCUUCACACCCUCUCUAUUCAGUUUUCAAUUGAAGGAAAGGAUGCUGGAACCUUGAUAGAGGGGCAUCCAUUUUUUAUCCCUGCUCUCAAAUGCAUUCGAGAGAUUUACCUCGCCAAUAAGCAACUCUGUUGGAUUACCAAAUGGAUUAUUUCACUCGCCAACCUAGAGAAAUUAACUCUCUGCGGCCAGUGGGUAGUGCAGCAGGAUGUUGAGAUGGUUGGAAGCAUACCUAGUCUGCUCGAAUUUUUUGGGCCAAAGUUCGCAAAACCUGUCAUCAUUCGCAGCAGUGGGGGGUUUCAACGGUUGCAGGCGUUCACGUUCUGGUUGCAUGAUAGAGAGUUUAUGUUUGAAGCGGGGGCUAUGCCGAAUGUCAGGAAGCUCUUCAUCAACAUUUGUCUAAUAGAUAUCAAAUGUGCAAGUGGUGGUCGUGGUGGUUUUGAUGAUAUUGGCAUCCACCACCUCUCCAGCCUUGCUGAGCUCUAUGUACAGAUAUUUUGUCAUGGCGUGAAAGUUGCAGAUGUGGAGGCUGUGGAGGUUGCUUUCAAGAGCAUGGCCGAAGCACACCCCAACCGUCCUAAGUUGAAAUUGAUGAGAGCAUAAGGUAAUUUUAUGGUAAGGGAUGAUUAGUGAUUUCCCUCUCUAUCGAGACCAGACGGUGAUCGGAUAUGACGAGAUGCUGAAGGAGAAUUACAAGGUGAGGGGAUGCACGGAAGUCGUGCUUCCGCAAGCACGACUGGAGCUACGGUUUUUUCUUACUUCAUCUCUCUUAGAUGCUGAUGCUACCUGCGGCUGCCAGAUCGAUCAGGCCAGUGUAGUUUUAUUGUUUUCCCUGUGCUUUAAUAUCUGAACAUUUCUCGUGAUUUUUCACCACCCAGCUUUGCUUGCAUCA